AUGGAGGGAUCUGGUGUGGGCACAGCCCUGACAUGGCCCUCUGGCACCUUACCCUUUGCCAGCUCCAUGGCCAGCCCUGUGGAUGCAUCCUCAGCAGACGGUGGCAGUGGGUUGGGUUCCCACCAGAGAAAGCAGACCACCUUCAGCAAAGGGCAGCUGCUGGAGCUGGAGAGGGCGUUUGCAGCAUGGCCCUACCCUGACAUCAGCACCCGUGAGCACCCGGCCCAGGUCACUCGCCUUCCUGAGGCCAAGAUACAGGUGUGGUUCCAGAACCGCCAGACCAAAAGAAUCAAGAACAGGAAGUCAAGAAGUCUAAGCCCCGGGCCUGAGUCCCCCCAGAGCUCCUGUUCUCUUCCAGACACCUUCCAGCAGCCCUGGGAUCCCCAAAUACCAGGCCAACCUCCACCCUCCAGCGGCACACCUCAGUGUACCUCAGUAUGUCAAUACACCUCCUGUCCAGCUCCUGGCUUAGGUCCAGGGCAGGGCUGGGAAGGGACUAAAGCUGUAGCCCCACGGGGACCAGCUGGGGCUUCAGAGGUCCACCCUUUCUUAGAGCCAGCUACUCCUCAGACUUCACUAGGCAGCCUGUCUGACCUCAUCUAAGCCUCGGCCAUUGUCACCAAUGUGGACCACGCCUGGUCUUGA